GAGUCAGUUCUCUCCCUCCAACCUGAGUUCUGGGAUGGAACUAGACCAUUGGGCUUGCAUGACAAAACCAUUACCCACGAGCCAUCUUACUGGCCCAUGGCUUUGCUUCCUUUUCCAACUUGACCUGGCCUGGCCUGACAGUGGGGUGACCCUAGUUCCAUCACCAUCCCACCCUCCUCUCCAGCAGCCCUAGCAACUUGGCUCUCAUUGGCUACACGUUUCCUUGGAGACAGACACCAGCCAUCCAAACACAGACUGCUGAGCUUCAGGAAAAAGAAUCUUCCUUUCUACCCCUGGGCUCCCUAACAUGAAGGACCUGCUCAGAUCCCCAAAUCAGUCCUUCUUUGCGGAGCGAAUAAAGAAGGAGUUGGUUGCUCGGGCCACCUGGAAUAUCCAAUAUGGCCACAAGUACCUGAAAGAGGCAUCCAAGACCAGGAAGCAGCCCCGGAAGGCCACCUUUGGGUCAGUCUUGAAAGAAUGCCCAGUGCCUGUCACUGGCUCCCCUAUCAGAAAAGGGGCACCGAUGGGAUGGCUAGAGACCAAGGGGGUCCAGGACCAGGUGUUCAAGCCUGGAUGUGUCCAGGUAGACAGAAUAAAGCAGGUGAGGGGACCCCCUCGGUACACAACAGCCCCAGGCAAGCCAGAGGACUUAAAAAUGAGGCACCCCACCCCAGCCACUCUGAAGCUGCUCUUCCAAGGCAUCUCCCAUGAAGGCCAGGGCCGGGCCCUAUACCUCAAGGAGCGGAAUCGACUGAAACCAGAGGAGAAGUACAAGUACCCGAUGGUGUCUUCCUGGGAUUAUGGCUGGCACGUGGGGGAUGUCAUGAAGGACUUCAGGACUCCAGUUUAUGCCAGAACUCAUCCCAUCACAAAAUCAUUUUACCUCAAAAGUGGCAUUUUCCAUAUUCCACGGAGAUCAGAUGACGUCAUGUGAACUUGGCUUGGAAAGGGUCUCAGUGGCUCCUUUUCCAUAUGACCCGUCUGGACCAGCCAGGUGGGCGAUGCUCCGGGCCGGCCCUACCUUACUCCAUGUUCUGCUGAGCCCUGCUUCCUUGGCUGAGAGUGAUGUGAAGAAGGCAUACGCCUCUGGGGUGUGCUGUUGUCCUAUAUUGGGGCUCUCGUCUACACACAGAGAACUCCACUGCUUACAGAUCUGCUCACCCUGCCAUCACUAGCAAUGCUGCUCCUUUCACUGAGAAAGACAAUGCUGCAUCAGCAGGCCUGGACAGGGGAGGAAUUCACUUGCUGUGAGGUGCUAAGGAGAACAAAGAUCUAUUGUUUAUUUCUCUACAUUUGACUGAUGGGAUCUAUAGCAGAGCUGCUCUGCCCCCAUAUAUCCUACAGUUCAGGGAGAAGUUUGCCCUCUCCUCUGGCUGCUUCCCUUGCCCCUGUAUCAGUCAGAGAUGCCCUGCCUUGCGUGCUGCAACAAGCAGCCCUAAGUCUCAACUAUUUAAACAAUAAAGAUAA